GUCGCCCCGCCCACCGGCCGCUACAUCACCACCCCUCUCGCCGCUUUCAAGCGCGGAGAUUGGCUGUAAGCAAGAAAGAGCCCUGCCCCUAGUCUUAUGACUCGCACUGAAGCGCCGAUUCCUGGCUUUUGCAAGGCUGUGGUCAGUGGUCAUCAGUGCUCUUGACCCAGGUCCAGCAAGCCUUUUCCCUGGUGUUGCAGCUGUUGUUGUACCGCCGCCGUCGCCGCCUGCUCUGCGGGGUCAUGGUGUGCUUCCGCCUCUUCCCGGUUCCGGGCUCAGGGCUCGUUCUGGUCUGCCUAGUCCUGGGAGCUGUGCGGUCUUAUGCAUUGGAACUUAAUUUGACAGAUUCAGAAAAUGCCACUUGCCUUUAUGCAAAAUGGCAGAUGAAUUUCACAGUACGCUAUGAAACUACAAAUAAAACUUACAAAACUGUAACCAUUUCAGACCAUGGCACUGUGACAUAUAAUGGAAGCAUUUGUGGGGAUGAUCAGAAUGGUCCCAAAAUAGCAGUGCAGUUCGGACCUGGCUUUUCCUGGAUUGCGAAUUUUACCAAGGCAGCAUCUACUUAUUCAAUUGACAGCAUCUCAUUUUCCUACAACACUGGUGAUAACACAACAUUUCCUGAUGCUGAAGAUAAAGGAAUUCUUACUGUUGAUGAACUUUUGGCCAUCAAAAUUCCAUUGAAUGACCUUUUUAGAUGCAAUAGUUUAUCAACUUUGGAAAAGAGUGAUGUUGUCCAACACUAUUGGGAUGUUCUUGUACAAGCUUUUGUCCAAAAUGGCACAGUGAGCACAAAUGAGUUCCUGUGUGAUAAAGACAAAACUUCAACAGUGGCACCCACCGUACACACCACUGUGCCAUCUCCUACUACAACACCUACUCCAAAGGAAAAACCAGAAGCUGGAACCUAUUCAGUUAAUAAUGGCAAUGAUACUUGUCUGCUGGCUACCAUGGGGCUGCAGCUGAACAUCACUCAGGACAAGGUUGCUUCAGUUAUUAACAUCAACCCCAAUACAACUCACUCCACAGGCAGCUGCCGUUCUCACACUGCUCUACUUAGACUCAAUAGCAGCACCAUUAAGUAUCUUGACUUUGUCUUUGCUGUGAAAAAUGAAAACCGAUUUUAUCUGAAGGAAGUGAACAUCAGCAUGUAUUUGGUUAAUGGCUCCGUUUUCAGCAUUGCAAAUAACAAUCUCAGCUACUGGGAUGCCCCCCUGGGAAGUUCUUAUAUGUGCAACAAAGAGCAGACUGUUUCAGUGUCUGGAGCAUUUCAGAUAAAUACCUUUGAUCUAAGGGUUCAGCCUUUCAAUGUGACACAAGGAAAGUAUUCUACAGCCCAAGAGUGUUCGCUGGAUGAUGACACCAUUCUAAUCCCAAUUAUAGUUGGUGCUGGUCUUUCAGGCUUGAUUAUCGUUAUAGUGAUUGCUUACGUAAUUGGCAGAAGAAAAAGUUAUGCUGGAUAUCAGACUCUGUAACACUAAUCAAUACGUGAUCUCUGUUACAAAAGAAAAAAGCAAGUACAAGUUCCAACAUGCAAUACUGGUCAACUUAAGGUAUAUUUAGUUGCAGUCCAGCUCUUUAGAAUGGGUGGUAUGGGGGAUUUCAAACUUAAACAAAAAAGUAUCAACUACAAAUUAGUUGCCUGACUUUGGUUUUUCCAACCAAGGAAUUUAAAACUAUUAUUUUUACAGCAAAAGAUGUGCAAAAUCACUGGAUUAUAAGUUCUAUUUUACUGUCUUGAAUUAGUAUUUCAGUGUUUUCAUUUUAGACAUUCAGACUAAAAAUACACAGUUUAGAAAAAACAAUUUUUGAAAAAGAGAUUUUUUUUUCCCUGCAGGUAGUUGAGUUGGAACAACAUGUUCUACAGUGGAUUUGUACUUGCUCCUUUUGCUCUUUGUGUGUGUGUGUGUGUGUGUGUGUGUGUGUGUGUGUGUGUGUGUGAUUUUUGUUUGCAGGUUAACUUAGCUACUUUGGCAUUGCUGCAUAUUUGACCUUUGAGAGAUAUAAUAGUAGAUUUGAACAGGGGCUGGUAUUAUUAUGUUCUUAGCAAUAAAUGCUUUUCUAAUGCUUUUUGAAUACAUUUGUAUUUAUGUGGCUGUAAUGACAAAAGAUACAAAAGCUUUUUAAAAUUUAGAGUAGGUAUUAAUCUUAUUGUUUAAUCUUUUUUUUUAAAAAGAACUGGAUAUUUCAAUCUUUUAAAUUGCAAUAUAUAAGACUAUUCCAACUGGGCAUUUCAAUCCAUUUUUUAGGUGCUUUAGAGAUAAUUGCUUGCCAGUGCCAAUUGAGGUUAUUAGUACUUUGUGCUCAUAAAUUGGCCUCUGUAUGCAGUACUAAAAUUAAUGCAGAUUUCUCUUUAGCCUUCCAACAUUUCUUGUUGAUAGUGAUGUAUUUUAUUAUUUUCUUUUUCUUAAGAAAUGCCAGUGUGUCCUAGGACCUAGAUAACGAAGUGCACUUACACUUAUAAAAUAACUUGCAUCUAGGCUGGGCGUGGCGGCUCACGCCUGUAAUCCCAGCACUUUGGGAGGCCGAAGUGGGUGGAUCACUUGAGGCCAGGAGUUUGAGACCAGCCUGGCCAACAUGGUGAAACCCCAUCUCUAUCAGAAAUACAAAAAAUUAGCUGGGCGGGGUGGUGGGCGCCUGUAAUCCCAGUUACUCGGGAGGCUGAGGCAGGAGAAUCACUUGAACCCAGGAGGCAGAAGUUGCGGUGAGCCGAGAGUGCACCAUUGCACUCCAGCCUGGGCAACAAAAACGAAACUCCAUCUCAAAACAAAACAAAACAAACAAACAAACAAAACUUGCAUCUAACCGAAAAGUCUUGGUUUUAUCUUAAUCCAUUAAAAAGUUGUUCUUUGUUUCCAGCUUGCAUUGAUUGCUACAACAUCACUAAUUUGGCUUUCACAUUUAAAUGGUUCUGUGCUAAUCAAAACUUUCAUUGUUAUUAUUCGUUAUGGUAGAAUCAUUAUUAAUUCACGUGCUUUGUGUUCAGUUUUGUGGUCUGAGAGAUGCACCAAUUGUCAAAUUACCGUGUACCACCUAAUGUUUAUAGGAGAAAGCAAAAUACAUCAGCUUGAUAGUUAACACAUCAAAUAUUUCUUGCUGCUUCUAGGAGAACUUUUUUGGUGUGUGUUGGAAUGGCUGAGCAAAUAUUAAAAUUGUUAAUAUGCAGCCAUAUAUGGAAGGUUCCUGUGGGGUUGUUUUUUCGUUUUUUUUUUUGUGUGUGUGUGGUGGGAUUAUGUGCCUCCCAUUCACUAGAAAAUGAGAAAAUUGUCUGGGUUCCAAAAUAUUGAUAUUGAAUGGAUCAAUACACCCACACAGAUAUAUAUAUAUGUGUAUAUAUAUAUAUGCACACAUAUAUAGGCAGUUGCAUGCUAGCAUGGGUAUUUUUAUAACAAUAUAACUGAGUUAUAUUGGAAUUAUAAAUAUUUUCCGUCACUUAAAUUUGCUCUUUGUUUAGCCUGAAAACCUUUAUGGCUCAAGAUCAGAUUCCUGACUAACCCCUCUCUUAGAGCUACAGCGAGCUGCAUUACCAGCUUAAAACACUUCUUAGGGAUUAAAUAUAGAUGUAAUUUUUCAAAAUCGUUUUUAAUUUAAACUGUGUUUUAGUGUAAAAUUGUUAACCUUGUAAGAUGGAUAAUGUGUAUAAGAAUGUAGGCCUUAACUAUUUCACAUGAGUCAAAACAAAGCAGUUUUAAAAAAAUAAUUGGAAGCACAAGUGCAUGGCACUGACUGAAUGCUGUUAAUAUUUCUAAAAGUUUCUACAUUCAGAUUAUAUGCCUGAUUCAUAGUAAAAUACCUCUAAUAAACACUGUUUUAUAGAAAACCUGACUUCAGUGAAUAUUUUUGUAUUUUACAUGGGCCAGUUUAUAUACUGCUAUUUACACUAUUAUUUCCUAUAGCUACAUGUUCUUUGUACCUUUUGUAGUUUUAUUUGUAUUACUAGAUUCAUACCUUGAUGGUAACGCUCUAUCUGGUUUUGGGUGUUUUUCAUGUUUUAGCAUUUGUAUAAAGAAACUGGUCCAUGUAAAUACUUUCCAUGUUUCUUCUUCAAAUGUUUAAACCACUAGUUGAUGUAUGGUAUCUUUAGAUAUUUGCCUGUCUGUUUGCUCAAAAUUGCUUCUAAAACAAUAAAGAUUCUUUUAUUUCUUAA